CACAAGCGGGCGUCACGCACAUUAUCCGGUUAAUUUACAUACAAAACACCGCCCAGGGGGACGAACAUGAUAAUCUACCAUCGACUGAAAGCGAACCGUGCGGAGGGGAGAAAAAAACAGCUCAAAAAAAGUUUGUACAGGAGAGGGCUGUUUUAACCCAGUGUUUCGACACAGACAACAGACGCUCGUCGGGCUCUUUGCCCCACUUUGGAUUACGAUAUGGACGCUUUGAAAUCCGCUGGAAGGGCAAUUAUACGGAGCCCCAGUAUCGCCAAACAGUCGUGGGCAGCGGGGAGACAUAAAAAGCUUCCAGAGAACUGGACGGACACCAGGGAGACCCUUCUGGAGGGGAUGGUGUUCCAGCUCAAGUACCUGGGGGUCACAAUGGUUGAGCAGCCCAAAGGAGAGGAGCUGUCUGCGGCCGCUGUCAAGAGGAUAGUGGCCACGGCCAAAGCAAGUGGGAAAAAACUCCAGAAAGUCACAUUAACGGUCUCCCCAAGAGGAAUCAUCCUUUACGACAGUGCCUCCAACCAGAUGAUAGAAAAUAUCUCCAUAUACAGAAUAUCAUAUUGCACAGCGGACAAGAUACAUGACAAAGUGUUUGCCUACAUCGUCCAGAGCCAACACAACGAAACGUUGCAGUGUCAUGCCUUCCUCUGCACAAAGAGAAAAAUGGCCCAGGCGGUGACCCUAACGGUGGCUCAGGCUUUCAGAGUGGCGUUUGAAUUCUGGCAGGCUGCCAAGGAAGACAAAGAGAAGAGAGUGAAGUCGGGUUCGGACGGAGAAGCAGCCAGCAGCUCGCAGUCGGACAGCUCGGCCAGCCUGGGCAGCCUGAAGGGAGGAGAGGUGGCCACAGGAACACUUCUGGACUUGGCAGAGGGAGCCAACAUGGUGCUGGUCCACUCAGGAACAAAGCAGACUGAAUCGGAUCCCUUUACGGUGCAUAAUCAUCCCACAGAGAACAACAAUACUGUAUGGGAGUUGGAGGACGGUCUGGACGAGGCUUUCUCAAGACUCGCUGAGUCUCGCACUAACCCCCAGGUCCUGGACAUUGGGGUAAACCCUCAGGACUUCAACACUGAAGAGUGCCUGUCCCCAGGCAAAUGGGACCAAGAGGACAUAGACUUCCCCCCACAGAAAGACACUUUCUAAAAGUGGAGCCUCUGCCAAGAAGGAAGACAGGGAAACGUGGGGGAUAGAUGUUGGUUACACAUGGUUGGAAACUGUGAGAAGACAAACUUUUUGACACGUUAUCAGUAAGGUUUCCCGCCUUCUCCCUGCUGCCACGCCCUCUGCAGACCAGAGACGGAGACACGAGCAGGCUGCUCACAGAACAGGCCAAAGCAAUAAAAACCAUUUAAUCCCUUUUCUAUGAAAGACACAUGCAGUCAUGUAAUGUUUGUUACAGUCAGUGUAUUACUUCCUUUUUCUGUCGGUUUACCCAUUCACUGUUAGUAAUGUGUUUGUGGUAUGUGCUUGUGUACAUUGCGUUAACGAGUGUGUGUACAGAAUAUAAAUGUACAAAGUGAGAUGUGAGAAUAUGUUGAGCAGGUUGUUACGUGAGGUAAAGGUCAACAAGGGUGCUGUCACAUAUUUGAUUUAGCUAUAUGGAGAAACUGGAUAAGAGGGAAACGUCACGGGUGGAGGCCAGAAAUGCAAAAUAAUAAAGUUACUACCUAUGUGCUUCAAGAAUUCAGCCUUUUGUUGGGCAACAAAAGCUUUAAAAAAAUGUGUGUGUAUUUUGGUCAAAGAGUGCUUGUGUGAAAAAUGGAUGCGAACAAAA